GCGAACAUAACCUCAAAACGUCAACACAAAACACGAGACGCACGAUUUUGUUGGAAAAUAUUGUUUUUUUUUUUAAAUUAGUGAUAUUUUUUAAAUAUGUGCAGUGUAAAUGACGACGAUUGUGAAAUUGGGACUGAAACACCGAUAAUUUCCAAAACAAUUGAUUUGAAUGACACAAAAUGUAAAAAAUGUGAGGAAAAAGAAACGGCAAUUGUAUUGAGGGGAAAAGAUGCAUAUUGUAAAAAUUGUUUUCUCGCCUCGUCAACACAUAAAUUUCGUGCAACAUUGGGAAAAUCGAAAAUUGUUCGUCCCAAUGACAAAAUACUCGUUGCACAUUCUGGUCGUGCAGCAUCGUCAAUUUUACUUCAUUUAAUUCGUGCUGGAAUGCAAGAAUCUACUCACAAAAGACUUGUUUUUAAAUCGACAGUUCUUUACAUUGACGAGGGAAUUUUGGAAGGAAAAACUUUAGAUCAACGACGUGAAAGUGUAAAUAAAAUUUCUGAUCAAAUAAAAAAUUUCGGUUUUAAUGGAUUUUUCACAACAAUAAAUGAAUCUCUCACGGAAUUGAUGCCAAAAAUUUCUCCCAUUGAUUCAACGAUUAUAAAUGAUGAAAAUGAGGAAAUAAAAAAAAUUUUCGCAUCACUAAACGAUGAAUCGGCAAAAAAAGAUCUUCUAUUAAAAUUACGAUCGAGACUUUUACAUCGUGUAGCAUUACAGCUUAAUUGUAAUAAAAUAUUUACCGCCGAAUCAGCAACUUCUCUUUCAAUAUCAAUUUUAAAUAAUAUCUCAAUGGGUCGUGGUGCACAUCUUUCAUUGGAUGUUGGUUUUAUUGAUACACGUUAUUCAGAUACAAUGAUAUUACGACCAAUGAGAGGAUUUACAACAAUGGAAAUUGAUUAUUAUUCCCAAUUUCAUAAUGUGGAAAUACCAAUAGUAAAAUUAAAAAAUUUUAACGAUAAAAAUAAAUUAAAAUCAAUUCAAAAUUUAAUUAGUCAAUUUGUCAAUGAAAUGGACGCUGAAUCACAUGGUACAGUUUCAACUGUAUUGCGAACUGGUGAAAAACUUUGUACAUUAAUUUCAAAGGAGAAAAAUGAAAAAUUUUGCAUAUUAUGUAAUGCUACACUCGAUACGGAAUUAAAUAAUAGUGAAAUUUGUGCAAUUCAAGCGACAAAUUAUUCACAAUUUGUUUCGACUAAUGUCAUUGAAUUGAAUGGUGGAAAAAAUUAUGAGAGUUUAAUUAAAAAAAUCGAGUCAAAUUGUGAGAAAAAAGUAACAGAUAAAAAUUGUGAAUCAAAGGAGACGAAAAUAAUUAAAGAAAAUGAUAAAAAAGUUGAGGAAAAUUCUGAAAUUGAAGAAAAUAAUUGUAAUCGUGAUUGUGAAUGUAAAAAAAAUUGUACGGAAAAAACAGAGGAUGAUGUGAAAAUUUUAAAAAAGAAUUUAUGUUAUGGAUGUCAAUUGAUUGUUGUUAAUUUUAAGGAUGUAAAUGAUAUUCCAAUUUUUAUGAUAAACAACGCGAGGAAUUCAAUGUCAUUUAGAAAAAUGCAUGAGGAAAUUGCUGAAUUUUUAUUAUGAAAAUAAAAUAAAUUACAAAAGAAAAAAAACGGAAAAAAAGUAAAUAAAAAUAAAUUAAUUAAAGAAUUUUUAAUUAAUUAA